CUUCUUAGCUUUUGUCACCUUCGUCUCUUCAGUCCAACUCACUCUCUCUCUCUCUCUCUCUCUCUCAGCGCCUCAGAUCUCUGAUUCACCUGAAAGCUUCGUUAUCUGUUUCACUUCACCGAUGGCCGGCGAUGAGAGAUGGUGCGUCGUCACCGGAGGCCGUGGCUUCGCCGCUCGCCAUUUGGUUCUCAUGCUCAUCCGCCAAAACGUCUUCCGCGUCCGAAUCGCCGACCUCGGCCCCACCGUCGAUCUCGAACCUUCCGAGUCCAACGGAGUCCUCGCCGAUGCUUUGAACUCCGGCCGCGCCCAGUACAUUUCCAUCGACCUCCGCCGUAAGGAUCAAGUUCUUCAAGCAUGUCAAGGUGCUGAGGUUGUGUUCCACAUGGCGGCUCCCAAUUCGUCCAUCAACAAUUACCAGCUCCACCAUUCGGUCAAUGUGGAAGGAACUAAGAAUGUGAUUGAUGCUUGUGUUGAGCAGAAAGUGAAGAGGCUCAUAUACACUAGCUCUCCUAGUGUUGUGUUUGAUGGGGUUCAUGGCAUUAUUGAUGGGGAUGAGUCAUUGCCAUAUCCACCUAAGCACAAUGAUACUUAUUCGGCCACUAAAGCGCAAGGAGAAGAGUUGGUAAUCAAGGCAAACGGUGUUAAAGGGCUUCUAACCUGCUGCAUACGCCCUAGCAGCAUUUUCGGACCCGGUGAUAGGUUACUUGUUCCAUCUUUAAUUGUUGCCGCCAGGGCAGGGAAAUCCAAGUUCAUUAUCGGAGAUGGCAAUAACAUUUAUGACUUCACGUAUGUUGAAAACGUGGCCCAUGCCCAUAUAUGUGCAGAACGAGCUCUAGCGUCUGAAGGGACAGUUGCAGAGAAAGCUGCAGGACAGGCAUAUUUUAUAACCAAUAUGGAACCUAUCAAGUUUUGGGAGUUUAUGUCACUUAUUCUAGAAGGUCUUGGCUAUGAAAGACCAAGGAUAAAAAUCCCUGCAGCUGUUAUGAUGCCAAUUGCACAUGUGGUGGAGUGGACAUUUAAGCUUUUUGGUCCAUAUGGGAUGAAGGUUCCACAGUUGACGCCUUCAAGAAUUAGACUUCUCUCUUGCACCAGAUCUUUUAAAUCUUCAAAAGCACAGGAUCGAAUUGGUUACACCCCCAUCAUUUCGCUUCAGGAGGGUCUUAAGAGGACAAUCGAGUCAUACCCACACUUGAGGGCUGAACAUCGACCCAAAAGAGAAGGGCCAUCUAAAGCUUCUGUGUAUCUUGGAAGUGGGAGGGUUGCUGAUGCAUUACUGUGGAAGGACAAAAAACAGACAUUCAAGGCACUAUUAUUUUUUAUUGCAAUCUACUACAACUUCAUUGCAUCUCAAGCUACAGUUAUUACCGUAAUUUCAAAGAGUCUCAUGUUCACAUCAAUUUUCGUGUUCAUCUCUGGCAAUUUACCAGAAAAGAUAUUAGGAUAUAAACUCGAGAAGCUUCAGUCAUCACAUUUUAACUUAUCAGAAGAGAUGUCACAACAAAUUGCUGGGUCGGUGGCCUCAUCAUGGAAUAUAUCUGUGAAAACUUUAAAAUCUCUUGGGAAAGGAAAUGACUGGAUAUUGUUUCUUAAGGUGGCUCUAUCCUUACUGGUUCUUAGCUUCCUUGGAGCCAUUUCACUUCAGCACUCAUUUAUUAUAGGAGUUUCCACUGCCUUUCUCGCCUUCUAUGUGUACGAAAAGCAGGAAGAAAAAAUCGAUGCCAUGGUCCUAGAAGCUUUCUCUCGUGGAUGCAAAUUGAAGUCCAAUAUGCUCCGAAAAUUCAGUACAUCCAAAAAGAUUGAGUGACUUGCUGAUAGUGUUCAUAGUCCUGCUGCCUGCAUGUUGUCAUUCUGGUAUAAUUGUGUGGGAAUUCAUAGAGAAAUGCGUGCUGUGUCCCAGGAAAGAAAAUGAUUCCAUUUUGUGUAUUCCAUUUUCUUUAAUCUUCAACUAAUUCUUUGUGUAUGUCCAUUUUAUUGUGUAAGCCCCCUUAAGAUCGUUGUGUCUUA